CCGUGCCGGGGCGCGGAGUGCGGGUGGCCUGCGCCUUGCGGCUGUCUGCUGCAGGAGGCUCUGCAGGAGGCUCCAGCAGCCUUGCUGAGACGCGCUCUCCCUUUUCCCUACUUCUUGAACCCACCAUGAGGCGCCUGGGCUCCGUGCAGCGGAAAAUGCCGUGUGUGUUUGUGACGGAGGUGAAAGACGAGCCCUCCGCCAAGAGGGCGCAUCAGCCAUUUAAAGUUUUGGCAACUGAAACUAUAAGUCACAAGGCAUUAGAUGCAGACAUACACAAUGCAAUUCCAACAGAAAAAGUGGAUGGAACAUGUUGUUAUGUUACUCCCUACAAAGAUCAGCCAUACCUUUGGGCCCGAUUAGAUAGAAAACCCAACAAACAAGCUGAGAAAAGAUUCAAGAAUUUCCUGCGUGCCAAAGAAAACUCNNUAGAAUUUCUUUGGAAUGUUGAGGAAGAUUUCAGACCUGUUCCCGAGUGUUGGAUACCAGCCAAGGAAAUAGAACGGCUGCAGGGGACUCCAGUGCCCGAUGAAAAUGGACACAUUCCCGGUUGGGUGCCAGUAGAAAAAAGCAACAAACAGUACUGCUGGCAUUCCUCUGUAGUUAAUUACGAAUUUGAAAUCGCCCUGGUACUCAAGCAUCACCCCGAGGAUCCUGGACUCUUGGAAAUCAGGGCAGUGCCAUUAGCAGACCUCUUGGAACAAACACUGGAACUCAUAGGAACAAAUAUUAACGGAAACCCAUACGGUUUAGGAAACAAGAAACAUCCAAUACAUCUUCUCAUACCACAUGGAGCAUUUCAAAUAAGAAAUCUGCCUGAAUUGAAGCACAGUGACCUACUGUCCUGGUUUGAAGGCUGUAGAGAGGGGAAAAUUGAAGGAAUCGUAUGGCAUUGCAGUGAUGGCUGCUUAAUUAAGGUUCAUCGCCAUCAUCUUGGUUUAUCCUGGCCAAUUCCAGACACUUACAUGAAUUCAAAACCUGUUCUUGUUAACAUGAACCUGAACAAAUAUGACUAUGCCUUUGAUACCAAGUGUUUGUUUAAUCAUUUUUCAAAAAUAGAUAAUCAGAAAUUUGGUAGGCUCAAAGAUAUAAUACUUGAUGUAUAAAAUGGAAAUCCAAUUAAAAUUAGCUUUCUUAUUACAUUCAAAUCUUGAAUAUUCUGCCAUUCUAAAAAGGUAAAAAUAUUUCAAGAGUUUGUCUAUUGUGAAAUAGAUGAUUAUAUUGUCUAGCAUUUGAACAAAUGAAUUUUCCAGUUGUACAUACUUGUUCAAAAACUUUUCAGAAUCCAUAUAUUAAUUUUAGUCCCUAGAUAUAAAAAGGCAAUGAAUG